AAAGCCUCAGAUCUGGCAGAUAUGAUCACCCGGGUCAUCCGCGAGGGGCUGGAAGGACUGGUGUUGAAAGACACAAAGGGUAACUAUGAACCAGGGAAACGCCACUGGCUGAAGGUGAAGAAGGACUACCUGAAUGAGGGGGCUAUGGCUGACACAGCAGACCUGGUGGUGCUGGGGGCUUUCUAUGGGCAAGGCAGUAAAGGUGGGAUGAUGUCCAUCUUCCUCAUGGGCUGCUAUGAUCCCAAGAGUGAGAAGUGGUGCACUGUGACCAAGUGUUCUGGUGGCCACGAUGAUGCCACCUUGGCACGUCUGCAAACGGAGCUGGAUAUGGUGAAGAUCAGCAAGGAUCCUACUAAAAUUCCAAGGUGGCUAAAAAUCAACAAAAUCUACUACCCAGACUUCAUUGUUCCAGACCCAAAGAAAGCCCCCGUGUGGGAGAUCACAGGAGCUGAGUUCUCCAGAGCUGAGGCCCACACUGCAGACGGGAUCUCCAUCCGCUUCCCUCGCUGCACCCGCAUCCGGGACGACAAGGACUGGCAGACAGCCACCAACCUGCAGCAGCUGAAGGAGCUGUACCAACUCUCCAAAGAGAAGGCUGAUUUCAGUGUUGCUGCUGGGGAAGAAGAAGAGUCCACGGCUGGCAGCAGUGGAGAGAACGAGGGGAGUUCCAGGUCUUCCACACCACACAGCACCAUUAAAAGUCCCCCAAGCAAGUCACCUGCAAAAGCCCAGAAGCCAGAAGAAAAGAAAGCAGUCACUGGAUCCCCUCAAAAAGCAGAGGAGAAACGAGGGGAGAAACGGAAAGCGUCUGAGAUGGAGGACACUGACAGAAAG